UUUGGAUUGGUGGGGUGGCUUAAGCCCGUGUCUUAGGUAUGAAUUUUCUUAGCCAAGCUUAAUACCAAGGUGAAAUUGUGAUUUUUUCUAACGCAAACGCAUAUCUUGGCUAUACUAGUGCAAUUCCCUUAUAGAUAAGUUAUGGAUCUGUUAGCAAAACUCCAAAUUGAGUUGAUUUACCAAUUCAGACAACCAAAAACAUACCCAUGCCAGUUGCAGGGAUAAACAUGCCAAACAAAUACAGCACAUCUAGUUUUUCUUUGUACCACACAAUUAUUUGUAUAUGCUGGCAAGAUUGCACUAAUAUGAUGAUCAUCAGUUUUAUGAUCAGUGGUCAAGAUUAUACGAUACUAAAAUAUACCAAACAUCGAACGGAUUUGGGUUAUUGGUGUAACAAUAAUGGUGUAACCAUUGUCAUAACGCUCACGAGUUUAUAGGGCAGAUUCCCAUUCCAAAACAAAACAAAACAGAAAACACAAGUCUUCUCUAUAUCGACCACCUUAACCGGAUCUUCCAAGACUGAUUACGUUAUUCCCCAUACAAUAUUCCUCCAACUCCCAAUUAUUUCUCUCUCAAAUACUCUGUUUUCUUCUGUGUUUCUUCUGUAUUUCCUCAGUUUCUCUCGCAAAACUCAUUCAAUGGCAUCGAUAAUUGAUAUAAUUAGACUUCCACAACUGAUACUCUUCUUCUACUUAUCAAUUCUUGCAUCAAUUUUCAGAAAACUACUGUCUUUCUUCCUUCCAAAUAAAUCAUGUUUAAGUUUUACAUAUCUUAGUGAUUUCGCAUUAUCGCUGUACUUCAAAUUCUAUUGUGGUCUCCAAUGUUGUACCAUAAAGCUUGAUGAUAAUCAAACUAUUCUGCACUUCUGGAUUCCUAAGCGACACGAACUGAAGAAACCUUCUCUUUUGUUGAUUCAUGGUUUUGGUGGGAAUACAAAGUGGCAAUACUAUCCACAGGCAGGAUCACUCCAUCAAGAAUUCAAUCUAUACGUACCGGAUUUGAUAUUUUUCGGGGACUCGUUUACCGGAAAACCAGACAGGACCGAUGUAUUUCAAGCGGAAUGUAUUGGAGAAGGAAUGAAGAAACUAGGUGUGGAUAAUUAUUCGGUAUUUGGUAUCAGUUAUGGAGGUUACGCAGCGUAUCGGAUGGCCGAUAUUUUUCAUGAAGAGAUUGAUAAGUUGAUGAUCAUGAGUAGUGGAAUAUGUUUCAAGAAAGAUGAAAUGGUCGAAGAAAUGAAGAAAUUGGGGAACAAAGAUGUUGCGGAUAUAUUAGUACCAGAGAAACCAGAGGAUUUGAGGGUUUUGAUUAAUCAUGCUAUGUUUAAACCUCCUGUUUGGGUGCCUGAUUUCUUACUACAGGAUUUCAUCAAUGUUAUGUACAUGAAUCAUAGAAAUGAAAAAAUGGAGAUGCUACACAACUUGAUCCAUAAAGAAUCUGAUUCGAACUCUCUUCCUGUUCUAAAUCAGGAAACGAUGAUACUAUGGGGAGACAAGGACAAAGUUUUCCCAUUACAUCUAGCUUUUGAAUUGGAAAGGCACUUAGGUGAGAAAUCAAGGGUGGAAAUUAUCAAGGAUGCAGGACAUGGAGCAAAUUUAGAAUCACCUUACCUUGUAAAUCAUUUAAUCAGAUCAUUCCUUCUGAAAUAGUGCAUAGCUAGAAGAUUUGAUAUAUAUAUAUAUAUAUAUACAUAUGUAUGUAUGUAUAGCUUUAAGUAGUAGUUUAGGUCACCAAAACUAGGGGGCAUGCGGCCUAGUGGAAAAAAGGCCUAGCCAGAUCCGGAUCCUGUGUGGUUGCACACUUUGCUCUGCCUCAGGCGCUGCCCUACCCAGAAGUAAUUCAUAAAUAAUCACAUUUUCAAUGUAUGUGGUGUUUGUUUGUA